UUCUAAUCAAAUCAAUGAGCAUUCAAGAAAAGUUAAAAAAAGAAAAUGUAAGUUUUAUAAAAUAUGUUACGGGGCAGCAAUAAUUGCAUAUGACUAUUAUAUGAAGUACCUAUUGAAGCAAGGUAAUAGAUUUCUUUAUUCUCAUGGAUGGACUUGGGUUCGAGAAACUCUUAACACUCCAGGUGAAAGUUAUAACAUGUUUAGAAUGGAAACUCAUGCUAUAUUGAAACUUGAAAAAUUAUUAGUGAGUAGGGGAUGGUUGCACCCAUCUAAAGAAAUGACAUCAUUGGAGGCACUUGCUAUGUUUCUUUGGAGUUGUGCGCAUAGUGAAACUAAUCGAAAUAUUCAAAAUAAAUUUGGAAAGUCGGGAGAGACCGUAAGUAGGAAGUUUACUGAAGUUCUAGAAAGUUUAUGUUUACUAGCAAAAGAAAUUGUGAAGCCUCCAGAUUUUAACUUUGUAGAAAUUCCCUCCAAAAUCAAGGAUGAUCGAAGGUAUUGGCCAUACUUUGAAGGAUGCAUCGGUGCUAUAGAUGGAACACAUAUUCCUGCAAUUGUUCCCACUAAAGAUCAAAUUCCCUAUAUUGGAAGAAAGGGAUAUCCAACACAGAACGUCAUGUUAGUGUGUAACUUUGAUAUGUUAAUCACUUUUGUUGUUGUUGGAUGGCCUGGUACUGCACAUGACACUCGUAUUCUUUCGUCUGUUAUUGAAGAAAUGAAAAGUGUUUUCCCUCAUCCUCCUGAAGGAAAAUACUAUUUAGUUGAUGCUGGAUAUCCAAACAUGAAAGGAUAUUUAUCACCAUAUAAAGGUGAAAGAUAUCAAUUUUAG